AAAAAUUUAAUCCUGCAGGUUAGCACAUGUCUAACAAAAAUGCUUGCUAACUGCUCAGACAGGGUAUUUUAGUUUUAGUCUUUCCUCUGAAAUAAGAACACCAUAACCUGCCACUUAAAAACAGUUCUUGUUCUGAAAGCGUUAUUGGUUACUUCUGCCCAGGCUUUAACUGGGUACCAAGGGAUCUGAGUGGCUUUACUCUCUUGUAACUCCUGUCAAUUGGCAGUUAACAUUCUGGUUGCUCUUUCAGUUUAGUCUUAUACUUCCACAGCAUGGUUUCCUUAUUUUCUUACGCAUGUACAUAGUUUUUUUCAGUUAAUGAUUUGUUACACAGCAUUAUUAGUGCAUUACUUGCUGAAAAAAAAUGUUAUUCCCUUUAGUCCCCCUAUUAAUUCAGUACAAAUGGAUGGGCAUUAUCCAGUUUAGCUAUGGAUCAGAUGACUGCUAGAGAGAUUGGCUGAACUUUAACACCUUCAAUUUGUCCAUAUCAGUGAUUAUACAUUCACCACAAAGCAAAUAAGUCUAAAGAUCAUCAUGAAAAACACAGCACAGUUAGCUUAAAAGCCCAGAGAUGCUCGUGUUCAAUAGAACAGCUCUUCCUACAUUUCUGCAGGAAUGGCCCUGGUCCUUCCUUCUCAUCCACAAGUCUCAGUGUCGCUGCUUCUGCUGCUGUCCAUUCUCAGUUUGGCUGCAGGUGGGAAGCUGCUGGUGGUGCCCGUAGGUGGGAGUCAUUGGCUCAGCAUGCAGGAAGUGUUAGUUGGACUCAGGCAGAAAGGAUAUGAAAUAGUUGUCGUUGCUCCUGAAAUCGAUUUACAUGUAAAGCCAUCAGACAAUUUUACAAUGAAGCUGUACCAAGUCCCCAUACCAGAGGAAGAGAUAAACAGAGAUUUCCAGGCAUUUGUAAAGGAGGCAUUUGAAGAAGGAUCAUUCCUGGAACGAUUUCAUAGAGUACGAGAAAGAGUGAAAAGACUCUAUGAUUUAGGCUUCAUCGCCUGUGAACAGUUACUGAACAACAAAGAACUUAUGAGAUAUCUCGAGGAGAGUAACUUUGAUGCUCUCUUUACAGACCCUGUACUGCCCUGUGGAGCGAUAGUGGCUGAGCAUCUUUCCCUCCCUUCUGUGUAUUUACUGAGAGGAAUACCAUGUGGCUUAGAUAUUGAGGCCACUCAGUGUCCCAAUCCCCCUUCUUAUAUUCCCAGGCUAUUUACAGACAAUACAGAUCACAUGAACUUCCUCCAGCGUGUGAAGAACAUCAUCUUUGACACCUCCAAUCUUUUUCUUUGUGACUUUAUUUUUAAACCAUAUGAAAAACUGGCUUCUGAGUUCCUUCAGCGAGAUGUGACCAUGCUAGAUCUCUUUCGUAAGGCUUCCAUAUGGCUUCUGAGGUAUGACUUUGUGCUAGAUUAUCCACGACCAUUGAUGCCCAACAUAAUUGUGGUUGGAGGAGUAAACUGUGCUCACAAGCAGUUACCUCAGGUGGGUUGUGCUCUGUUUUUAAUUCUCGUUCUGAUAGACUUCUGUGCUCCUAAAAAUGUAGUAUUAUAUAUCAGAUAUAUAUUUAGUUCUCAAUAGGAGUGAGCUGUGCAA